AUGAUCUUCGACCACACCCUCCCAUCCCACCCGCCUACCCAUGGCUCUGCCUUACGCGCGCAUGGUGUCAACGCCAUCAGAACAUGGGAAGCAAGGAGGAGGCCGUACCUGUCAAGGAAGAGCUCUAAGAAGGAGCGAGAUGAGAUCGUGCUGGAGGAGGCGUUAUUUCGAAACCCUCCCGUGGUUUCCUUGGGCGUGACCACGCACUUUUGAUUCUUGGGAGCCCUUGGUAUUGCGGCGGCGGUGGAUAGAGGGACAUGCAUGCACCCGUUGCGGAUGUGCUCGCGUGGCUUGUUGCAACUAACCACAAUGAUGAAGGGCAUUCAGGAGGAUGGCCAGCAAGCAAAAGGUAAAAAGCAGUAAACACAGGGACGAUAUAAAGCAGCUGUGGAAAGACCCGCGUACGCAGUACGUGUACGUGUCUCGGUGAACAGUGUCGGAUGUGUGCCGUCCCCAAAAUGGUUGACUCGUGCCUGUUUCUCAUGGCAACAACACGCACUCGCGCUCUCGUGUUCCCUGUAAUUUAGGGGCCGCAGGAAUAAAUAGAAUCAUGUGAGAGCGAGUUAGUUUGUCUUGAUUUGUAUUGCUUGCUUAAACUCGCGUAUCGGGUGGGGGUGGAGGGCUCUAUCCAUCUUUCUUAUUCUUCCGAGAUGUCGCCUGUCUGGCCAUGAUAUCUGGUGAUUUGUAUGGUACGUUGGAAACCUUGUGUCGUUCAAGCAUUAGGCGGGAGGAGGUAGCGGGCCAGGCGAAACACCCGUUGUUGGUGAACCCGUGUCUCACGCCUCUCUUUCAGUCUCCUCAUUUAUUGUUUGUAUUGAUUCCAGCGCUGUCAGCAAUUUUGUUGUUAGGUUGACGAGAGAGACAGCUGUCGAGGGAAAGAAAUGCCCUGUCGUGAUGGAAGGGCUCUUUGCCCAAGCAGACACAUGGGUGACUCAUUGAAAGUGAUCAAAUCCUCGUUGCGGUGGGAAGUUGAGGGAUGCCGACCAAGCAGGACGAAAAGAGCAAAAUCUCGAUACCCCUUCCUUGGAACGCUACUGGAGCUCUGCUUGUCCUUCUCUUGGCUUAGCCCCCCGGGAGGUUUCGGAAGAUCAAAAGAUGAGUGCUCCGAGAACCUGGCUGGUCGGGGAGUUGAUGGAUUUGAAAAGAGAGCAGCUCAGCAAAGCCUGCGGG